AUGGGCUUCAUUCCUCACCCUCCCUCCCCCUUCUCCCCCUGGCUCUCGCGCGCACUGCUCUUCCUCCCCGGCCUCGCCACAGGCUUCAUUCUCGGCCGCCUGCUGGGGGGAAGCGGGGGAAGCGGGGGGUGCGGAAAGGGCGCAGGGGGGAAGAAGGGGGAGCUGACUGCAGGGGGCGGGGGGAGCAGUAGCGGGCGGAAGGGGGGCGGGGGCAGCGCGGGGGGGAGAUCAGCGCCAGUGUUUGGGGGGAAGGCGGAGACAGAUGGGGCGGGGGGGCUGGUGGUGGGGCGGGGGAGUGAGCUGAAAAUGGUGCUGGUGGUACGGCAAGAUCUGAAGAUGGGCGCGGGGAAAAUUGCCGCCCAGUGUGCUCAUGCGGCAGUGGGUAUUCUCACCGACCUCCAAUCAAGCAACAAGGCGUUGCUGCGACACUACGAGGCGUGUGGGCAGCCCAAGAUUGUGGUCUCCUGCAGCAACCUUAAGGAGAUGAACGAGCUGAGAGGGAAGGCACAGCAACACCGGUUGCCAGUCUUCACUGUCUGCGAUGCCGGCAGGACUCAGCUGGCAGCACUGUCAUGUCUCAACUCCAAGACAGUGCUUGCCAUGGGACCAGGUCUGUCUGUGCCCUCUCUUUCUGAGACGUCUCAAAAGCCAUCGCCCAUGCUCCCCCUCACGCUCCCCCUCCCAUGCUCCCCCUCUCAUGCUCCCCCUCUCACGCUCCCCCUCCCAUGCUCCCCCUCUCAUGCUCCCCCUCUCACGCUCCCCCUCCCAUGCUCCCCCUCUCAUGCUCCCCCUCUCACGCUCCCCCUCCCAUGCUCCCCCUCUCAUGCUCCCCCUCUCACGCUCCCCCUCCCAUGCUCCCCCUCUCAUGCUCCCCCUCUCACGCUCCCCCUCCCAUGCUCCCCCUCUCAUGCUCCCCCUCUCACGCUCCCCCUCCCAUGCUCCCCCUCUCAUGCUCCCCCUCUCACGCUCCCCCUCCCAUGCUCCCCCUCUCAUGCUCCCCCUCUCACGCUCCCCCUCCCAUGCUCCCCCUCUCAUGCUCCCCCUCUCACGCUCCCCCUCCCAUGCUCCCCCUCUCAUGCUCCCCCUCUCACACUCCCCCUCCCAUGCUCCACCACCUGCCACUCCCUGCCCAAUUCCCCCCAUGGCAGGUAG